UGUGAGUGUGUGUGUGGUUUCUGCUUUUUGUGUGUAUUCGUACGCAUAAUCGAAUCCUGUAUUUUAUCCUGUAUAUUGAGGGUGUGACCGGGUUAAAUAGAAAAAUUUUCAUACUUUGUUCGCUGCUCAAAAUGUAAAGUUCUGUUUUACGGUCGUCCUCGCCGUGUGAUAGUAAAAUUUCAAACCGCAGACAAGAAAUUCUAAGUGUGUGUCCAUUUGUGUGUGUUUUUGCGACCAAAAGAAAAAUUGGAAUAAUUCGAAAUAUUUCCAAUCAGAAGACAAAUUGUGAAUCAAAAUCGACCUUUUUUCAAAAUGAAAUUUAGAAAAAAAAGAUCAAUUAUCAUUGAAAUGUUGGCGAUUUGUGAAAACAUGAAAACCGUGUAACCGAGACGUGCCCAUUAAAAAAUGAAGAAAAAUUUUCCAAUUCGUAUUGUAAUUGAAAAAUGCUAUGAUACAUACAUAACUAAUGUGAAAAGAAAAUCCUAAAACAGUGCAAAGGAAAACGCCAUGAAUUAAUAGUGCAAAACCACGGAUAUAUGUGUGCCACAGAUACGAAUUCGCCUUACAGCUAGAGGCACCCACUUAGCCAACCAACCAGCAAGCAAGCCAUUGAGCUAGCUACUCCAGCCCACUCAAAGGAAAAUCUACAUACAUUAGCUCAGCGAAAUGGAACAAAUCAGCAGCUACAUUUGAACAAUAGCAGAGGCAGGAAAAAAAGGAUACAACAAAACUUGUGUUUAUGUGUCUUUUGGACACAGUAUUGGUUUGUGGCAAACAGAAGUGAAUGAACACUCCAUACGUUCUGGUUUAUCUUAAGAGAGGCUCAACGAACAGCCAAGACACCACACCAGCAGCCAUAAGGCCGGAAGAAGCACCACCACCCCUCAGCACCAGUCACUGCCACUAGAAGGUCUGAAGAAGCACCACCACCCCUCAUCACCUGUCACUGCCACUAGAAGAUCACACACGAACUCACACACACACAGAAGUAAAAUCUCACAAUGGGUGACUAUCAUGAGUAUACGGAUCAAUACAAGGUGCCGGUUAUUGCCAAACUGCUGCAUGCCCUGCCUCACUACAAUAUAACAUUCCAUAAAAUUAAUAGCACAUUUCGGCCAAAUGAUGAAAUCUACUUGGAGAGCCUGGGAAUUUUGGGCUCUGUGCCAGCUGCCCUGCUCAUCGUCUCACUAUUGGGUCUCCUGCUUUAUUUAAUGACAAGAUGUUGCGAUCGCAAACCCAGACCUGCCCAUUCAAUUACCAGUCUCAAGGUGGCCCUCUCCAUUGUGACGGUAAUGUGUUGUGCUGCCAUUGGAUUGGGUUUAUAUGGAAAUGAUGAUUUACACAAUGGUUUAUUGGAAGUUUUAACUGCUGGACGUAAGGUGGACACAUUGGUCACAACGGUACGAAAUCAAACAUUGAUUUUGGAAAAUACUUUGAAAAAUCGCAUCCGACCUCAGCUGGUGGAGCUGGCCGAUAUAUUCGAUCAACCGGUGACAAAUUCAACAGCUCUCUCUAUACUCUUUGUAUCGUUGAAUAUUGUGCAAGGUAAUGUCACGCUGGCAACCAAUGCGGCCAGUGAUAUACGGAGGCCAUUGACAAGUGUUACCAUGACGAAAUUUCUUUCGGAGGGUGAUAAAAUGGAAUUGAUACGAUGGCCCGGAACAGUGGCCACUCUGGCUUUGCUUUUGGUCUUGUGUGCUGUGCUACUGGUGGGAGUGGCCCGCCACUCCCGCUGUGCUUUGAUUUUGUUCAGUGUCUGCGGUCUAUUGGCUGUCACCGGCUCCUGGCUAAUGUCUGGCCUGUAUUUAUCCUCAUCGGUGGCUGUGGGUGAUCUUUGCAUUAGCCCAGCGGACUUUUUGGUCUCAGUGGCACCCCGUGAUCUUCCCACCAAUGUAUUGCUGCACUAUACCCAAUGUGAACCCGGACACACCAAUCCCUUUACACAACGUCUCAGGGAAUCACAAAAUUCUCUCAACAAUGCUCGCAGUGCCAUGGCCACGGUUAUGAAAAUCUCAUUGGUGUUAUUCAAAUCCUCCGGAUUACAGCCAAAAUUGGGAGCAGUUAAUGCCGAUUUGAAUAGCAGCGAACGUCUGUUGACCCAACUGACAGCCUUGGUGGAUUGUAAAACUGUGCAUCACAACUUCCUGGCCGCGUCAAGGGGUCUGUGCGAAGGUGGUCUCCUCGGACUUGUCCUAAUGCUCAUUGCCAGCUUUAUUGCUGCCAUUUUGCUUACCAUCAUGGUUUGGGUCGAUUCACACACAUGGAUCUAUAUAAGGAAACGCAAUGACUAUGCUCAAGUGGAUGAACCCUCUUAUAUCUCCCACCCUGCCCCGCAGAAUCACCAACAAAUGUUGAAUGCCUCCCGUACCCUGCCCAGGAACCACAAUGGGCACUUUAGUCCACCGGUGAUCAGUGGCUCGCACACCCUGCAGCACCCAUCGAAGCGUCAGCAGCACGAGAUGAUGGCUCACGUGCACAUGCAGCAGAAUAUGAGGGCUAUGGGCACGCAUACGCUGGGUCGUUUGCCGUCGCACAAUCAUAGCCCCACACACCUGACUGGCCCAAAUAACGUCUGUAGCGAUCCCAACCGAAGUCAACAGGCGACGUCACAGCAGCAGCAACAAUCCCAGAUGGCUCCCCAACCAAUCUAUUGUCACCAUCCUCAUCCACAUCCUCACUCACACGAAGCCGCCGCAGCCGUGGCCGCUGCCCAGCAUCAGCACGCCAUCUAUCAUCAACAACAGCAGCAACAGUAUGGCACCUAUUCCACAGCGGCCCAUGGACAACAUCAUUUGGUGGCGGCCGGACCACACGGACAGCAGAGUCAAAUAUAUCAACAGAUACCGCCGCAUAUGGGUCAAAUGUCUCAGAAUGGUGGCCAGGCAAAUCCUCAUUCCAUUUACCAGCCAUUAGUUGCUGUUAGCCAGGGUUCCAUCUAUGUCUCAAAUUUGGCCACAAUGCGUCGUCAGAAUUCGCAACAAAGUAAUGCCGGCCAUCCUCAGAUCCCCGGGCAUCAUGGCAUGUCACAGCAACAGGGUGGCGGGCGAAUGCUACCAACAUCACAUCAUCAGUCGAUCAGUGUGAAAUCGCCACAAGAUGGCAUGCGUGAUCCCUCGCGAUCCGAGGCAAUGGAUACGGCUAUAUAUGAUCGUGAGAAGGGCAUAUAUAAGUGUUCAACUCUGAGACAGGGUGGUAAAUUUGAUCCCAAAUAUAAACCAUCGAUUUUGAAUUGUCCACUGCCAGAAAUACCCAAAGAUGCAGAUCCACCCAGUGUGGAAUCAAUAUACGAAAAGCAACGACAGCAACAGCAGCAGAACUAUUCCAAAACUUUACAAAGACCACCCAUGAAAUUACCCCCACAAAUGAAGGCUAUACCCCCACCACGAGUUGGUACACCAAAUUCGCCACCACCUCCGCCAGAGAACACGGACAACAAUGGUGGCAAUAUGCCCAAACCCUAUAGCCAUCAGAAUGGUGGUAAUACCCUGAACAUGGGUGGUGGCGUCAUUGAUACAUCCAGUGGCGCCUCAACAAAUACCACCAAUACUAAUACUACGACAAAUGUGUCCGAUACUAAUCGUCAAAUGAACAACGAUGCAUCACUGCCACCACCGCCGCCUCUGGACACACCAGAGGAUAGUGGACCCAAGACGAACAAUAUAAUGCAUCACAAUAACAAUAGCACAAACAAGAAUAAUCCAGCACAACAUAUGAACGAUGAAGAUGAUUUACCCCCGCCUCCGCCACCACCUGCAAUGAAUGAUGAUUCGAAUUAUGCCGUAACGGAACUUUAAGCAGAGUGAACUAAUCAAAAUAAAUGUUAUAUCAAUCAUGCAAUGGGUGAUCGUGAAAUGUAGAGGGCGCUCUUGAUGUUGACAGCCAACAGACAAAAGAGAG